AUGAGCACUCUCCGGCCUCUGCGGGGCGGCUGUCAAUGCGGCCGAAAUCGUUACAUCAUCGCCGUUCCUCAGGACGGCAUCAGCGAGGCCCAGGUCCUGUUCAAUACUGAGCCCGUCCAUCAGAUCCCUCUUGCAACCCCACUAGCCGCCUACAUCCGAGUGCCUCUAUCUUGGUACCAUAGCACCACCUAUGCCUUUUUCCCAGACGAGACGCACACCUUGAUCCGAAGGGUAUACACCCAUCCCAGCCAGGAACAUUCGAAACGUCACUUCUGCGGCUACUGCGGUACUCCCUUGUCGUACUGGUCCGAAGACCCGCGAAGCGAAGCCGACUACAUCAACCUCACGCUUGGCAGCUUGCUGAGAGAGGAUCUUCGAGACCUUGAGGACAUGGGGUUGAUUCCCGAGGAGGGUGAACAGCAGAGAACCGCAUCGGAGCAGCCGGCCGAGGUUGUGGGCAGGAGUACGGCUCUGCGUCAGUCGUAUGGAGUCCCGUGGUUCGACGGCAUGGUCGAGGGAACCCGACUGGGCAGCAUGCGGCGUAGCCAAGGCGUCAGACAGUCUCAGAACGGCCGUGUCAGGGUUGAGUGGGAGAUUGUAGAAUUCUCAGGGAGCAGCGAUGGGGAAGAAGCGGGAGGGUCGGCGGGCCAGGCCGGAAAGACGGGCGAGGGAGAGGAUGUCGAGAUGGAGCUGUCACACACCGGAAAGCGGAAGAUGAAGGAUAGAGACGACUCAGAAGCCACUUCUUAG